AUGGAACGAGGCAGAAAACUAAUAUAUGUAUUAGCUGCUCUUCUGGCAAUAUUUCUUAUAUUAACAAUUGUAUUCGCUGCUUUAUAUGGAAUUGAAAGGAAUAAAACAUCAACAUCAGAAUCGACAUCAACAUCGGCAUUCAUAUCGACAACAACAACAACAACAACAUCGACUACUAAUACUACAGUCGAUAGUGAUUUAUGUCUAACUCCUUAUUGUGUUAAAGCGGCAAAUUAUUUACUUGAAAGUAUUGAUAAAACUGCUGAUCCAUGUGAUAAUUUCUUUGAAUUUACUUGUGGAACAUGGUUAAAAAAUAAUCGAAUACCUGAUGAUGCUGGAUCUCAAGAUACAAUUAAUCUUCUACGAAAUCAAUUAGAUAGUGAUAUUGUUGAUAUGUUAACCUCGCCACUUCCAAAUAAUACAGCUCAUAUUCAAUCUUUAAUUAAUGCUCGUCGUUUGUAUGAUUCAUGUGUUAAUGAAACAGCUAUUGAAUUAGAAUCUAUUAAUACAAUACUUUCUUUUGUCAAUAAUGAACUUGGUGGUUGGCCAAUUUUACAAGGUUCAUCAUGGAAUUCUUUAUCAUUUAAUCUUUCACGUUUACUACUUAAAUUACGUGAAUAUAGUCAUAAUAUAUUAUAUGGUUGUGGUACAUCACCUGAUGAUAAAAAUUCUUCUAUUUACUAUAUUCGAGUUUAUCAAAGUGAUAUUGGUCUUGAACAACGAACAAAUUAUGAAAAUUUAAGAAUUACUACUGCUUAUCAAAAUUUUAUUCGUGAUUUAGCUCGAGCUUUAACAAAUGAUACAUCAACAAUUGAUGCAGAUGUUACAGAAAUUUAUAAUUUUGAAAAGAAUAUUUCAAAAUUUCAUUGGACACCUGCUGAAAUACGUGCUAGACAAAAUGAAACAGUUCGUACAACUAUUGGUAAUCUUUCACAAACAUUUAGUACAAGCUUUGAUUUUACAAAUUAUCUUCGACGAGUUUAUUCUUUAGCAAAUAUUAAUUUAAGAGAUGAUGAUAUUGUAUCAAUUAGUGAACUAGAUUUUUUACGUAAUGUAACAACAAUUAUUGAGAAUUCUUCAUCACGUUUACAACAAAAUUAUAUUGUAUGGCGUUUUAUAAUGAAUAGAGUAGGAAAUAUGCCUAAACGUUAUCGUUCUAUAAGAGAUCCAUUUGAUGAAGCUUAUCGAGGUACUACUGCUCAACGUCCACGUUCAAUUAUAUGUGGAAAUUUUAUUAAUAGUAAUAUGGGUUUUGCUCUUUCGAAAAUUUAUAUUCAACAAUAUUUUGAUGAAAAUGCUAGAAAUCAGUCAUUAGAAAUGAUAAAUAAUAUUCGAAAUACAUUUCUUGAAAUGUUAAAAACUUCAACUUGGAUGGAUGAAAUUUCAAAAAAUCGAUCAAUAGAAAAAGCAUUAGCAAUUGAUGAAAAAAUUGGUUAUCCAGAUUAUUUAGGUAGUACUAACACAUCAACACUCGAUAAAAUGUAUCAAGAUUAUGUGUUCGAUGCAUCAUAUAUAAAUAAUGUUUUAAAAUUAUUACAAAUAAAAUCUAAUGAAAGUCUUCGAAUACUUCGUGAUCCUGUUGAUCGUAAAGAUUGGGGCUCAAGUCCACCGACUACAGUCAAUGCUUUUUAUAGUCCACCAAGAAAUCAAAUUAGUUUUCCAGCUGGUAUUCUUCAAAUGCCAUUUUUCAAUAAAGAUGCACCAAAAUAUUUAAAUUAUGGUGGUAUUGGAGCCGUUAUUGGUCAUGAAAUUACUCAUGGUUUUGAUGAUAGUGGUCGUCAAUAUGAUAAAGAUGGAAAUCGUGUAUCUUGGUGGACUCCUGAAACUAUCGAACGAUUUAAUGAACGUAAGAAAUGUAUUGUAGAUCAAUAUAGUAAUUAUGUUGUAACACAAAUCAAUCGAACAGUCAAUGGAAAUCAAACUCAAGGUGAAAAUAUAGCUGAUAAUGGUGGAAUAAAAGAAUCAUUUUAUACUUAUCAAAAAUGGGCGACAACGCCUGGAAAUAUUGAUAAAAAAUUACCUGGUCUAGCUGAUUAUUCAGCUGAACAAUUGUUUUUUAUUAAUUAUGGACAAAUUUGGUGUUCGAAAAUGACUGAUGCUAAUGCAUUGAAUAGAAUUUUAACUGGUGUUCAUUCACCGGGAGAAUUCAGGUAUAUUGUUUUUAUUUUUCAAUUAAAAGUAAGAUAAGAAUCGAUGAUGCAUUUAUCUUAAAUUAUUACUUUUCAAUUAAUUCAAUAAAUAUUAAAAAAAAAAAGAAAAAUAUUAUUUGUAACUCUCAAAAAAGAAUUUAAUUUUUUGAAUAUGAUGUAAAGUGAAAGUCAAAAGUUUAGUAACAAAAUAUUUGUGAAAUUUUUUUUUUUAAAUAGUAAUAGUUAGAACUAAUCAGAGAAAAGAUUAUAACUAGUUGAAACAAUUUCCUAUCAAAAGUAAUAUUUGUCUAAUUCUCAUUAAUAGAUAUAGAUGAACUUUUUAACUAGAACUAUUAAUAGGAAUACAUAGUUAUGUUUAUCUAUUUCUAUUAUUCGACAAAAUAUUCAAUUUUUGGUUUUAUAGACACAGUAACUAAAACUCUAUUAGAUAAUAUUGACUAGUUUUUCUUUCUUUUUUUUUUGUGAUAUGCAUGUUUGAUUUUUAAAUUAUGAUUUGUUU